AUAAAUGUUUGUCCGCAUCUCACCAACUCUCUCGUAGAUUAUUCUGUAUUAGAAAGCUGGUGCGAUGGGACUCUACGGCAGUAUGUUUUUGAUCAGAAGCUUUUUUUUCGUGCCGUGGAUGUUUGAUGCUCAGUAACUUCCAGGUAUUCUAGAAUUUUGAAGAACCAAUGGCUUACAAGCGCCAAAAACUUAUAGCUGGUAACCUAAGUGGGCCGGAUAUUAUGCCCUUUGACGUAGUACCUUCAUCAGUUGUUGAGAUUGCUCCUAUUCUUCGUGCUGCAGACGAAUUUGACUCAGAAAAUCCAAGCGUUGCCUACCUAUGUCGGUUCUAUGCCUUUGAGAAAGCUCACAUGCUAGAUCCAUCAUCAAGUGGUGUUGGUGUUUGUCUAUUCAAGACUGCCUUAAUUCGUCGCCUAGAAAAGCUUCCAUGGGCAGCUGGACCAGAGUUUUUGUCUUUAUACGCUGAUAAAGUUGAAUCGAGCAACCCAAGGGCUGCCUACCUUUGUCGAGUGUAUGCCCUCCAGAGAGCUCACAAACGAGAUCCACUACCAAAUGGUGGUGGUAGUGUUCAUCAAUUCAAAACUGCCCUAAUUCAUGGCCUCAAAAAGCAAGACGCAGAAGCAACAGGAAGACAAAGAAACAGUGAUGCUAAUGGAAUGCAGGCCUUUUAUUGGCAUUAUUAUGAAAACUACAUUAAAAGAUUGCAAAAUGCUGACAAUGUUGAUCGUACCCGUCUCACAAAAGCUUAUCAAACUGAGGCUGUUCUGUUUGAGGUUUUGAGGGCUGUCUGUCUGGAGCAAUCCGUUGAGUUGGAAGUUGAGAUAUUGAAUGCACAUACACUGGUUGCAGACAUGUAUACUCGUAGUAUACUUUCACUCGACCCUGAUAGUUCAAAUCAAGACCUGGUAAAACGUUUAAAGGUUAGCUCCAGAAAUCAUGUCAUGUCCAGGAUGAAUCAGCCAAACAAACCCAAAAUCCCCCUCGAGGCCCUAAAGAGUUGUACCCAAGACUUCAAUGAAAGAAAUGUCAUUGGGAGAGGUGGAUAUGGAAGGGUCUACAAGGGAAUCCUCUCUUGGGCUGAUCAUGAUAACCAGAUAGUUGCUGUAAAACGUCUAGAUGUCUCCGGAUUACAAGGGUUUUGUGAUGAUAACAAGGAGAUGAUUCUUGUAUAUGAGUAUGCAAGACAUGGAAGCCUCGACACAUAUUUACGUGACACUUCUAUGGCGGUUGGACUAUCAUGGCUACAAAUCCUGAAAAUAUGCAUUGAUGUUGCUUCUGCAUUGGACUAUCUUCACAAUCACAUAGCAGAAAAACACCGAAUAAUACAUCGUGAUAUCAAAAGCGCCAAUAUUUUGUUGGUAGAGAAUUGGAAUGCAAAACUUGCUGAUUUUGGGUUGUCUAGGAUAGGUCUAGCAAAUCAACAGAACACGUUUGUGAUCACUAACCUUGCCGGCACACAUGGCUAUUGUGAUCCACAAUAUGAAAAAACAGGUUUCUUAACGAAAGAGUCAGAUGUCUUUUCCUUUGGUGUAGUUUUGUUUGAGGUUUUGUGUGGAAGGCUGGCGUGUGUUUCAUGUUACCAUGAUGAGCGGCGAUUCCUCCAUCAUUUGGCCCGGACAUGCUACGAAAAUGGAGAGCUAGGCAAUAUUAUUGAUCAGAGAAUAAGCAAAGAUAUUAAACCACAAGCGUUGUUCAAGUUUUCAGCCAUUGCAUAUCAAUGCUUGCAAGAAACUCGUGAAGACCGACCUACAAUUUCUCAGGUUGUGUUGCAGCUCAAGGAGGCCAAGAAAAUUCAAUUGCAAGAUGAGAUCUCUCCAAGAUGAACCGGAAGAUGAGAUCCUCCCAUAUGAAUUAGAAGAUUAGAUCCUCCUAGGAACUAAACAAGGGAUACUUGAAAGCUUAAAAUCCAAAGGUUGCAUAAAGAAACAAUGAGACAACCAUUCUUUAUGAUGAGUUGGACAUUGGAGUACGAAGUAAAAAGAAAUGAUAAGAUUAAAAUUGUUUCUUUACAAAUUUAACAUACGAUUUAUUAAUUUUUUUAUUAGUUUAAAGAAAUGAUAAGAUUAACAAUUGUUUCUUUACAUAUUUAACAUAGACUUAUUAACUCUUUUUUUAUUAGUUUGUUUAUAUGCUAAAAGAAAUCUCAGCUUUAGCGGUAACAAAUUGUUGUUGUUGCCGCUAAUGCCUUUUUACCCCAAUCUAUAUGGCUGAGAAAAACCUUAUCUGUUAAUUAGAUUUGUCAAUCCAAUGGCUGACAUUUCGUCUUGUACACCAUCAUUUGCGGUGAUAUCAAUAGUGGCGACCUUGUCACCCCUAAUACCCGAAAAAUAAAU